AUGGUACCGUCAAAGAAAUCGACUUUAAAUAGUCAAUCAAGAGUUGGUGUGGCUAAUCUCAUUCAGACAGGCACAAUAGAGUACGACGAGAGCCUCCACGGCGGGGGCUACAUGGAGGGUGGGGCGAUGUACCACGAGCACCGGCUCGCUCACCCCCACAUCCCCCCAGUGCAUUACCCGCCGCCCGCGGCGCCGGCGCACGCGUUACCCGGCGAGCCUUUAGUGCAUAAACGAGACAAGGAUGCCAUUUACGGGCAUCCCUUAUUCCCCCUCCUGGCGCUGAUCUUCGAGAAAUGCGAACUAGCCACAUGCACACCACGUGACCCUGGAGUCGCUGGUGGAGACGUCUGCUCGUCAGAAUCCUUCAAUGAAGACAUCGCAGUAUUUAGCAAACAGGCGCUGGUACUUUUAUGGGGUCAACGUAAUUUUGCCGAGGUAACCGAUAUACGUUGGACCCUGAGACGGUUUGAGAAUAAGGCAAUGGUGGGUCUUUGGGGUGCGGUAAAUAAGGGUGGGUCAAAACCAGCUGACGCGGAUUACAGGCUAUACGAACUAUAUAUUUGCUAA